AUGAUUUCAUGGGUUGUGAUGAAUGGGAUAAUAGUGAAAAUUAUGAAGAAGAGGAGUGUGGAGGAGGCGUCGGUGAAAAUAUCGCUCAAUUACACAACUCUGAAGAGUAGUAAGAAAUACUUGAGGGUGAGGUGCAUAGAUCGUACUUGCCGGUGGAUGGUGCGCACAUAUGCUAUCAGAGAAUCGGGUUGGUUUCACGUCCACAAGUACGUGGGAGAGCAUACUUGUGGCGUUGAUCAUGUCAUGGGAAAGCACAAGAAUGUCACCGUGGAGGUCAUUGCCUCACUUAUUUUGAACUUUUUCGUUGACAACAAAGUUCCAAGCCCGAAAGAGAUCGAGAGGAUCGUAUUUAAGGAGCUACAUUGCAGGCCGAGCUAUUGGAAGUAUUGGAUGGCAGGCGUCAUUGUGAAGAACAUAGUUCGAGGUACGUCAGAGCAUGGAUAUGCAGUGUUUCCCGCAUUUUCAUAUAUUUUCAACAGCCUCAACCUUGGGUCUAUUAAUUCCCUCAGGGUCGAUGAGGAAUCUGGUAGGUUUAUUUACUACUUUAUGGGAUUUGGGGAUUCUAUCUGUGGAUAUGCACAUAUGAGAAAGGUCGUUAUCGUUGAUGGCACGCAUUUGUCCGACAAGUACGAGGGCGUGUUACUGUCCAUUCUCACUCAAGAUACGCAGAAUCAUAUCUAUCCCUUAGCGUAUUGUGUGGUGGAUAAGGAGAAUGAUGCGUCGUGGGGAUUCUUCUUCGACAUGCUUAAGGCCCUUAUCGUCGAUGAACCAGAGCUGUGUGUUAUCUCCGACAGAUACUUAAUCAUAGACAACGUCCUCGCAAGGCAUUAUCCACUUGCGCAUCACGGUGUUUGUAUGAGGCAUCUCGGUGAAAAUCUUCGAAUAAAUCACCAUUGUUCCGAAUCUCUCUAUUUGUACUACCAUGUGGCCAAGGCAUACACAUUGGAAGAAUUUAAUGACUACUUCAACGCCCUUAAAGAAAGAUGCCCAAACGCAGCAGCUUGCCUCGAGCAUGAAGUAGGAUUUGAAAAGUUGAGCCGGGCUCACUUUCCAGGUAAUCGAUUCAACAUCAUGACCUCAAACAUCACCGAGUCGCUCAACUCAAUGUUGCGCGACGAAAGAGAGUAUCCAGUGGCGGCCAUUUUCAAUUCAAUUGCACAUAGAUUUGGAGAAAUAUUCAAGAAGAGAAAGUAUGACUUGGUAAAAUUGCCAUGCGCUCAUGCAAUAGCAGCGUUGCAUUUGAAGCACGGGGACGAAUACGGCACUAGCAUUUACAACUACUCUUCGCAAAUAUAUUCGAAAGAAUCAUACCUCUUUGCAUACUUGGAACCUAUUUGUGCAGCACCACUUGAGCUGGAGUGGCGCGAUAGUAUCUUGAAAUGCAAGUUCUUCCACCCAACUUCGAUCCCAAACUCGAACGGAGGAAUGUGA